AGAGGGCUUUAUCGCCGCGCUUUAUUCGGUUUUCCGGACCCGCAGAAUCGGGGGACGGGUUUUCGGCGAGCGCGGCGCGGCGGUCCACACCGACACCCGUUAUCGACUUUUACGCGAAUCCCAAAACAUUACGCACGCACGCACCCACGCGACACGACGUGCAGUAUACGACGACACACGGGGCGCGCGCUUUGUCCCGCUUCAUCUCGCCGACACCGCCGCCGCGGGAUCACAGCCGGGAGAGACGUCGUCACCGCCGCCGCCGCCGCCGCCGCCGCUGCCGGUCCGUUUCCAACAUCACGCCACGACGACGAGCCCGCGUGAAUAUUUAAUUAAUCGCACGACGUCUCCGAAUAUUGCAUUGCAGCACACGAGGGAUUCCGCCGUUUACGCCGCAGUCACAGCGACCACCGCCGUUUGUCGUCAAAUAAAAAAGCCGUUUCCCGCGGACCGCAAUCAUGGAUUUUACGUCUAGUUCUUUGGAAACAAAUGGCACAUAUUUUGCAUGUGAAUCGAACCAAGUGCCCGGCAGACGAACUCCUCUAAGCGCCGUUGGACUGGGAGGAUAUUACUUCCCGCAACCAUCUUCUGUGGCUUCCGAUGAAAAUAGUCCAGGACCGGCUUGCCAACAAUUCAAUAAUGGUUCUGACAACAGAAUACCUAACAAUGGUCAAGGCACUUCGACAAUGUCUAGUGCAGGAGGCAAGUCUAAGUCCAAACAAGGCAAGUCUGUCCGGUUGAAUAUCAACGCUCGUGAGAGGAGGAGGAUGCAUGACUUAAACGACGCGCUAGACGAACUCAGAAGCGUCAUACCAUAUGCUCACUCACCGUCCGUGCGAAAAUUGUCGAAAAUCGCUACGCUUUUAUUGGCGAAAAAUUAUAUUUUAAUGCAAGCAAAUGCUCUAGAAGAAUUAAGAAGACUGAUCACUUACAUACAGGCUCAAGGAACGAUGACAAUGCCACCAGGUUUUGAUCUACAGGCUUCGAUGUAUCCCAUUAAACCUUCAUUGGCUUCACCCAACGCUUCGCCAGAUUCUCCACAGUCUUAACAUGUCACACCGACGAUUCGUUUUAUAACAAAAAAUAUAAAAAUAUAAAUUUAUUGUAAUAAAAAUAUGUAAACGACAUUAAUGAGUGGAUUACAAUUAAUACUUCUAAACAAACGUCGCCGUGUUUUAUGUGAUUUUCAUAAAUUAUUAUAAAUAUUAAAUAUAUAUAAAUUACACACACAAUAAUAAUAACAUUAUAUUAUCAUAGUCGUUAUAUAAAUACCUACAAAUAAAUUUUAUAUUUUUGAUCUGUCUGUAAAUAAAGUAGGCGGACGUUUGAAAAAAACAGAAUAUUUUGUACAUGAAUGCACAUCUUUGUAACAUAAUUUACUUACAAUAAGUAUAAUGAUUUUGUGUUCAAAUAUUCAGAUUAAGUAUUGCUAGCCUCUUUUCGAUGUAUAAUUAUAAUGUAGAGUACCUUUAUAGUUUAUAUCCCACACUGUAAACACAUUUGUAAUUUCAAAUUAAUAAUAAAUUGCUUAAAUUGUCUAUACAUACAAUUAUAUAGACAGUGGCGUGUACAACUAAAUUCAUGUAAAUAAUGACCGAUGGCUUAUUAAGUUAAAAAUAUAUUUUAUUUUAAUUAGCACUUAAA